UACGAGGGCGAGGUCGUCGACGGCCACAUGCACGGCAAGGGCACGUACUGGCACGCGGACUCGAGCCGCUACGAGGGCUCGUUCGCGCGGUCGCAGCGCCACGGCUACGGCGAGUACUUCUUCGCCGACGGCUCCUACUACAAGGGCGAGUACAAGGGCGGCGCCAAGGACGGCUACGGCGUCUUCGUCUACCGCGACGAGACGCGCUACGAGGGCACGUUCGCGAACAACGUCAAGGAGGGCCAGGGCAUCAUGUACUACGCCGACGGGAGCAAGUACGUCGGCGACUACCACAACGGCAUGAUGGACGGCCAGGGCGAGUACGUCUGGCCCAACGGCGUCAAGUACGUCGGCGAGUGGCGCGCGGACGAGCGCCACGGCUUCGGCCAGAUGUUCUUCAGC